AUGAGACGUGUUGAACACGUUGACCAUGCUCGCAAGUCCGCUGAACAGGCCGUUAAGGCAAUCAAGGCCGCAGAAGAAGGGAAAUCGAUUCCUGAAUAUGACUAUCUUCCAUACUUUUACUCUCGAGCCUUUGAUCUCUCAUGGCAAUUCUAUGGUGACAACGUUGGAGAAACCGUUUUGUUUGGAGAUAAUGACCCAAAAUCGCCGAAGCCGAAAUUCGGAAGCUAUUGGAUUAAAGAAGGGAAAUUGAUUGGAGCGUUUUUGGAAGGUGGAACUUUUGAAGAGAACAAGGCAAUUGCUAAGGUCGCGCGAACGCAGCCUUCUGUUGAGAGCCUUGACGUGUUGUCUAAGGAAGGACUUUCCUUCGCCAGCAAAAUUUAGAA